AUGAGGACUCGUCCGACCAACACGGUUCUCGCAGGAUUGGUGCUCUCUCUUGCCCUCUCCACAUCCUUCUUUUCCGCCACAACCUCAGCGGCACCUACUACCACUCUUGCCCCCGCUCCAACCAAAGGCACGACAACAACGCCCGCUGCACCCGCCAACCCAUCAUCAACUGCUGCACCGGCCCUGAAUAUGCCGUCCGCCUUCCUGGGCGUGGCUUCAGCAACAAGCGAUGGUCAAAUCUUUUUCCAAGGAGGACAGCUCAACACACAGAAAGUUCAAUACUCCAACGAACUUUAUUCUCUCGAUGUCACUAAAUCAUGGCGCAUCUCUUCCCCUGCCUGGACAAACUUGACCACCGUUGGAGGACCUGCCGCCGGAGGCCAUUCGGCAACCAUGUCCAAUGACCUCAAGAGCUUGUACCUGACAGCCCCGAGCGACAACGCGGCCAGUGCCUUCUGGUUCAAGUACGACAUCCAAGGCAAGACCUGGACAUCUGAGCCUGCCCCUGCAGCUCAAGCGCCGGUUUGGGCAAACAGGCGUGAAGCUCAACUGGUGACGGACCCAGCCACCGGUGCAAUCUGGUACAUUGGUGGCGCAACAAGUGGAGGAGACACGAACGAGGUCGACAAGUUUUUGAACAACGCCUGGAACGCCAAUGUGCCCACUGUGAAAAAGGAUGCUGGUUCUUCAGGAACGGGAACUUCGGCAAUCAUGGGCUCCUACAGUGCGGGCACCUCGCACCUGAUCGACAACAAGAUCUACAUCUUUGGAGGAUUUGCCUCGGCACCGUCCUCCCCAAGGACAUACCAGACAUUUCAGAUUCUGCCAUAUCUCGAUAUAUCGACCUCGCCCCCCACCAUCGGCACGCAGUUUACACUGGGCGCUGUUCCACCCCCACGGCAGGACCAUUGCAGUGUACUCACAUCCAGCAAAAAGAUUAUUAUGUAUGGAGGGUACGAUUCCAACUCCAUAACAUCCUACAACGAUGUCUGGUCGCUGGAUCUUGUCACUCUGACCUGGCAGCAGAUCGUCACCGUCAACUUAUCUCGACCCCGUUACGGACACACGUGCAACAUUGUCGGCGCCAACAUGGUGGUCUAUGGAGGGCGGAAUGGUACAGAUAUCGGAUACAGUCGGGAUAUUCAGGUGUAUGAUGUGAUGCUGUCGAGCUGGAUGGGCUCUUAUGCGCCCAAGCCAGAUACGACCACCAUCUCGGACCCACUCCCAGGAGGCGUCAAUGGACCUGGAGGCAACCAUUCUGCGCUCUCGACUGCGGCCUUGCUCGGCAUUAUUGUUGGCUCGAUCGCAGUCCUCGCAUGUGUCACUGGAGUAUUCAUUUACCGGAGACGGCAGCGCAAGAUCGAAAUUCGGGAAGCUGAGAUGGAAAAAGAGGCAUAUCUGGCGUCACUUGGAACGGACGGGAAUGAUAAGGCCGGAGGAGGAGGAGGAGGAGGAGGAGGAGGGAAAGGCAAACGGCACAACAGCCCCUAUGGCACAUCAUCGUCGCCUUAUUCGACUUCCACUCGGCAUUUGAACCAGCGCGAAGUCAGUAUGGAUGGCAUGGAUACCCCUGCAACCAGCCACUACGAUCCUGUCGGAUUUGAGAACUCGAUGCAUACUCCAUCGGGAGCUGGCAAUGUCCAGUACUUAAUGCAGCAGUUGCCUGAUGGUACUAUUGCUGUCCAACCAGUCUACCUUGACCACCAGGCAGUCAGCCCCUACGGAGGCACUCCACAACUCCAGCAUUCGCCCAACAUCAUGUACUCUGAAAACAGCAGUUUGGGUGGCGUGGUCAACAGCCCAUCGCCUACUGUGCGGAGCGGUCCCAUGGGAGGAGGAGGAGGAGUAUCUGGAUCUGGAACAGGAUCGAAGGGGUAUUUCUCACCCCCACCAUCAGCUAUCAACUCUACCAACCCUGCAGGAAUCAACCCCUAUGGCGGUCAGUCUGUCCCAACGACACCCAAAUCAGGUUAUGUCCUCCCGCCUUCAUCCUCGGUGCCCUUCCCUCGCCCGAUCCAUGACGCCUCUGGGGUGCCAUCUCCCAUGCUGCCUCAAGCGCCCCUGCCACCAAACUACAAGCCUGGCGGCAGUGGUGCUCCCUCUCCCGGAUCCUAUUACUAG